GCCAUCCCCAACUCCUUCAGCCCGAACAAACUCUCUCUCCUUGCGAUUCUUACUCCUCACAGACACAAUGGCUGCUGCGAUCAAGGCUCAAUGCAGGAAGGUCAUCUGCAUUGGCAGAAACUAUGCCGAUCACAUUACCGAGCUGAACAACACCAAACCCAAGCAGCCCUUCUUCUUCCUCAAGCCCUCAUCCUCCAUUCUCCUGCCCGGCCAGGGUCCUAUCCUGCGUCCCCAGGGUACCAAGCUACACUAUGAAGUGGAACUCGCUCUCGUGAUGGGCAAGACGGUCCGCGACCUCGACCCAGAGGAUGGAAAGGGCGCGUUGGAUGCAAUUCACAGCUACCUCCUCGGAAUCGAUAUGACCGCGCGCAACGUCCAAGAAGAGGCCAAGAAGAAGGGUCUCCCGUGGACGAUCGCCAAGGGAUUCGACACCUUCCUGCCUAUCUCCCAGGAGAUCUCGAAAGCCCGACUCCCUGAUCCCCAUAAUGCCUUCCUUCGCCUGAGUGUGGGCUCUGAGCAGCGCCAGGCCGACUCGACCGGCCUGAUGCUCUACCGCAUUCCCCGACUCUUGGCGGAGAUCUCUCGGGUCAUGACUCUCGAGAAGGGCGACCUGGUCUUGACUGGUACCCCGAAGGGUGUGGGUGAGGUCAAGUCCGGGGACGUGAUGAAGGCGUCCAUCGAGGUGGACGGCAAGGAGCUCGAGGAGGGCCGGAUCGAGGUUGAGGUCCAGGAUCGCGAGGGCCGCUACCGCUACAGCGAGACCUAGACGACUGCCGAU